AUCGGUGGGUGCGGAGUUAUUAUACACUUCCUUUCCGGAACCAUGUGAGUUGUUUACUUGCAAUAUUUUACUUGAUCGUCUAUAUUUCUUGUAAUAUUAAUGAUACGACUUUAUUGACAGCAUGAAGACAGAAAUAAAAAAUCCUUCUAUGCUUUUAAAGCAAAAUAACCUUGUGAUAUCAGAUGAAGCUGGUGAUGUUCAACAACCUGUUGGUGUUGUCAAAGACACAAAAGGAAGGAUCAAAUCUGGAAGAACAUGGAAAACAUUGAGAGAAGAAAGACAUUCUGCAAUAAAAAAAGUCAAACCUCUGAAAACUUCUUGGGAAAAGAAAAUGGAUUCGAAAAAGACUCACAAAUUUUUUAAAGAAAGAGAGCAAGAAUUGAAAGAGGAACGCGCACAGAGGAUGAAGGAAAAACGUGAGAGAGGUGAACUCAACAGGAAGAGAAGGGAAGAGAAUCAAAGAAAGAGUGAAGUUGUUCAAGUGAUAAAAAAUACAGCCAAAAUAAAAAGAAUGAAGAAGAAGCAACUACGUACUAUUGAGAAAAGGGCUUCCUAAAUGAAAAUGAGCAUGAUAUGACUGCCAGAUACAUAUUGUUGAUUUACGGCUGAGAAUUGACUUUUUUCUUUAUAUACACCUAUAAAUAUUUAUAGGUAUGGGUAUAUGUGUAAAAUAUAAAUUUAAUAAUAAUAUUUUAUGUAAAUACUUUGGCCACUCAAGUAAUUUUUUAAUAAGUAUCAUUUUCAUAGUAAAUCGUACUACAUAUGACUUAAAUAGCUUUAGAUUUACUAUAAAAAAAUUACCAAAAAUAGAUUGGUUACUAUAGAUUAACAAUGGGAAUUAGAAAGAAAUGUUUAUGGCUUUUUGUCAGAGUUAGCUCUGUCUCAUAUUAAAAAGUCUGUCCAAAAUCUAUGUAAAUUACAUUAGAUAGAUUUACAUUGAGCCUCAUACAAUUACUUUAAAAAGCAUAUAGCAUUAUCAUAUAACAUUAUUUCAUCACACAUCAUGUGGAAGACAUAAAGCUAUUCUUCAAUUUACUAGUUGAUUCAUAUUCCUGCUACGAUUAAUAGCUACAAAGAUAAAACUAAUCAGUUUUAUAGGCUAUUUUUAAUUUUUUACUCGGUUUAAAUCAGUUUUAAUGAUGGGCUAUAAUUGAAUUAAUUUCUUAUUAUGAUGCUUUUGCAUUUAAUCAACUUACUUGUAAUUUAAAUAAAAUUUUCUAUAUAAUUUUAUUUCUAAUUGUUUCCCUAACUUAAAAAUUGACAUAUAAAUUUAAAGAAGCAAGACUUAAAAACAUAAACAAAGGAAAUUUAUAGCUGCAGGAUAUUCCCAAGUGGAUUUUUAUAUUUCACUUUCACGUGACUUUUUCAGAAACUAAUACUUAUUUUAACUCCUCUCUAGACAUAUCCGUCACUAAACAUUUGCACCCAACUCGAAGCACUUUUAUUCAUUUGGUGACAGUUUAUUUUUUCGUUAAAAAUAAUCUUGAAUACAAUAAAGAAAAGUCAAUAAUGUCAAAUUUAUUUUAUUAAACUCUAA